AUGAGUGUGUACGGGAUAUCAGGAGGUGGCGAGUCAGACGUGAUAUCGCGUCGGCUGCGCGAUGCCGAAAGAGCCCGCGCCGACGCAGAGCGGGCCCACGCCGAUGCGCUGGCGCAGCUGCGCACAGCACAGCGCUCACCGCUCGAUUCGCACAAUGUCGAACAAUUGCAGUCAAAAGUCGCUGCCCUAGAAACAGUAAGAUGCGAAGAAUUGCAGCUAGAGUUAUCAUCAGCGAUGCGCGCAAGGGGUACGUCUACAACGGCGACGUGGUCUAUGUCCGCGCAACCGGCUUCCGAAAUCGAAAGGAUCAUGGCAAAAAUUGAGCAGGACAAUCGGAUUCUUGCCGAACUAGAACACACUAGAUCAACAACUCAUGGUAUACAACAGAGCGGUUCCAAUCAGGCAUUAGGAGAAUUCCAUUCACCAACGCCAUCUCCACUACCUCACUCCUACACGAGCACGGGUCAUAACAUUUCGCUGUGUCAGAGCAACACAAUGCCAACACUUUCGUCCUUACACGCCACAGCACACUUCACUGCGCCUAGCUCCAACUCAGUAGCAUAUUCUAUGAGCGCCCAUAACCCUACUUCAUACACGAACCCCGUAUCAGUUUCCUACGGUCUCUCUAACCCGCAUCAAGUAACAUUUUCUAAUCCAGUGACGGCACCGCUUGUUAAUAAUAUUAACCAAAUAUCCAGCACUCUGGCGGGGCUGCAAUCGAAUCUGCAAAAUUUAUCUGGAAACGUGUCAGGCAUGACAUUAGGAAAUACUCUGGCUGGAGCGCCGAUGACCGGUACCAUAGCGGGUACUGGUUUAAGCAGUUGUCUGAACACCAUACCGACGAGUCUGUCCAGCGGAUUGACGAGUACCCUGGCAGGCCUUCAGUCGAGUCUUACGGGAGCACUUGGCAACACACUUAGCAAUUUGACUGGGGGAACGCAGAUUGGAGGGCUAAACCCAAAUCUAACGAACACCAAUGUCUAUGGAACGGGAACUGGAACUUAUACAAAUCCUCUUUUAACUAGUGGCUUAGGUACGAAUGCUAUGAAUAUUAAACUUAAGCCGAUGGAUGAAAUAGAUUUGGGUCUAGGUAGAUAUGGAACAAAUAAUCCCGCCAUGAUUCGGGCGGUGACACCGGUGACUCCUCAUCAACCGUCGUGGAAUUUAGGAUUAGAUAGUCAAUAUCCAGAUAGACUGGCCGGUUUAGAGUCAUCGUUAUACCAUGACCGUGGACCGAGGAAUAUGAGACUCUUACCGAAUAACAUGUUGGAUAUCGAUGUUCGAAAUACGCAUUAUAUGAAUGGCGGCGGACCAACUGAAGCUCAAGUAGAUAUGUUGGAUAUACCGGGAAAAGGGCGGUGUUGUGUUUAUAUAGCUCGAUUUUCAUACGAUCCACCAGAAAUUGAAAGCGCUGAAGGUGAGCUAUCAAUAUGUUCCGGAGAUUAUCUAUUGGUCUGGGGUCCUCCAGAUCCAAAUGCAACGAUGCUCGACGCUGAAUUAUUAGACGGUCGUCGUGGACUCGUUCCUGCAAAUUUUGUUCAGAGAUUAGUAGGAGAUGACCUCUUAGAGUUCCAUCAGGCUGUAGUUGCUACUUUACGAGACGCUGAUGAGACAGCAACUACGGCCGUCAGUGAUUUAUCUCUCAGCCGAGAUGUAGCUCGUCUCAGUGAGGUGGCCGAUGUUACGGAUGGAUCUGAAGAUGACGACAACGUUCCUGCUCCGCGUCAGCUAACACUCGAGCGGCAGCUGAACAAGUCGGUUCUGAUCGGUUGGACCGCACCGGAAGGGGUCCAGCAAGCGAACAUUGAGAGCUACCACGUCUAUGUUGACGGCGUCUUGAAGACGACGGUCAAGGCUACGGAGCGCACUCGUGCUUUAGUAGAGGGCGUAGAUUCAAAUCGACCACAUCGAAUCAGUGUUCGUUCGGUGACUGUGACCCGUCGUACGUCCCGAGACGCGGCAUGCACGAUGGUAAUUGGCAGAGACACGGCAAAUAUGGGUCCCACCUGCGUCAGAGCAAGCGGGGUUACAUGUUCACAAGCUGUGAUAUCGUGGCUGCCAGCAAAUUCUAAUCACCAGCACGUCGUUUGCGUGAACAACGUAGAAGUUCGAACCGUGAAGCCGGGUGUUUACCGUCACACCAUAACCGGUCUUUCACCGAGUACGCAAUAUCGUGUAACAGUAAGGGCAAAGCACCUGCGAGCCGGGCCUCCUUCCGGAGUACCCAUUGAAGAGGCUCCCGGAGCUUACACCGAUUUCAGGACUCUACCCAAAGGACUUCCCGAUCCGCCGAAUGAAAUCAUGGUGGAAGCUGGGCCGCAAGAUGGUACACUGCUUGUGACGUGGCAGCCAGUGCUUCGCCCUCCCGCUUCAGGGCCCGUCACUGGAUAUGCUGUUUACGCGGACGGGAAGAAGGUGACCGACGUAGACUCUCCGACCGGAGAUCACGCUCUCAUCGAUAUUGGCAAACUGCUCGGCCUCAAUCCCAAAUGCGUCACCGUUCGCACAAAAUCUCGCGACAGCCAGUCUAGCGACAGCGCGCCGACGCCUAUCCCACCGGCCGUCCUUCGAGGUGUAGUAUCAAGGGUACAGAGAGUCCCACCGGGUCAGGUGUUAAGCCAACCGGCACCACCCGGGUAUCGGGCGCAACGGCCUCAAGCGUAUCAACAGCAACAACAAGUUAUUGAACAUGACGAAAAUCUUUCUGAUAAGGAAAUAUUUCCCACGGCUAAUCGCCACGACCAGCAACAGCAAGCUCAGCAAUCGGGGAUACCGGCCAUCGAAAUCACUAAAGAGGGAGCCCAGGAGCAGAUGAGCGAGGAGGAGGACUCGUCGCGGCGUCGACACCAGGUCUGCGAUCUCUCCUUGCCAUCGAUGUGCUCUUCAUGUGCUAACACUUUCACUUUGCUCUCUUCUAAGUGUGUGUCGGUUAAUCACGAUGUUCCACUUCUGUUGUCUGUGUGUUCCACUUCUCUCUGGUACACAACACGAUCACGUCCAACACGACCCGAUUACGAAGACGCGUCACUCGCAAGCCCCAGGGAACUACCGACAGAGCACGAAACACACUCAUUAAAGCAUCAGCAGCCGUCCCAACCUGCACAAGCGUCGCAGCAGCCUUCGGGUCAGCCGUACCCGAAUACACCAGCCUUCCAUGGCACGCAGCAACCCCCCUUUCAACAGGGCGCCCAGCUCCCAAGUAACCAAGCCAACCAAUACCCCGGCCAACAGCAGCAGUAUCAAAACCCGCCUCCCAGGAAUCAUCAUGAACGAGGCCGUCCUCCUAAUCCACAUCAGCAACAAGCUCAACAAGGUCCCAUGCCACCAUAUGGUCCCAGAGGUGGACCACCUCCAGGCCUUCGUGGACCUCCACCCGCUGGCGGCCGACCUCCUCCUCAAGGACAUCCUCAAUCUAAAAGAGGCCGCUAUUUCAUCGCCCUAUUCGACUACGACCCUGCUACUAUGAGUCCUAAUCCUGAAAGCUGCGACGAAGAACUGCCCUUCAGCGAAGGGGAUACUAUAAAGGUGUGGGGUGACAAAGACGCCGACGGUUUCUACUGGGGCGAGUGUCGAGGUCGUCGGGGCUACGUACCCCAUAACAUGGUGGUCGAAGUAUCUGAACAAGAGGCGACCGGUCAAGUCUCAGCUAAGCCCCGGGACAGAUGGACAGACGCCUAUGCAAACCAGCCCGUGCGUCGGAUGAUAGCCAUGUACGAUUACGACCCUCAGGAACUAAGCCCUAAUGUUGACGCCGAUGCAGAGCUGAGCUUUCAAACUGGUCAAAUUAUACACGUGUACGGUGAGAUGGACGACGACGGCUUCUACAUGGCAGAAAUUGAAGGCGUCCGAGGGCUUGUGCCCAGCAAUUUCUUGACCGACGCCAAUGAUCAGUACGCGCCGGCGGGUUCGAGCAGUCAAGUGCCACCUGGUGGUCGAAUGGGUCCUAGCACAAGCGCUCCCGGUGGCGGUCCAGGUCGCGGCAGAGGAGCACCUCCCGGACCAGGGGCACGCGGUCCCCCACCUCCUCCGAGGGAUAACGUAGCCCCACAGCAGAGGAACCACCAUCGGAAAGCAGAUGCCUGCCCUCUUCCCCCUUCUCAGUUAGACCACAACACAAGCGCCAGUAAUCCAGAACAGGCGAAUUCUCAGGCGAGGGCGAAAGGCGUGUCGAGCGCUCAAGUGGCGAGCACGAUCGCUCGCACGACCGCUGGUAACGCGAGCACCCCACCAGUUCAGUCGCCGGGCACCACCGCGUCACUCCAAGCGAUGCCACCGGUGGGCACCACCACCGCCGUCAGCACUUCCCCGGCCCGUCGCGGCGGACCCACCGUAGUCCCGGCACCCACGGCCCAACCCUUACAGCAGGCGCAGCCGGAGCAACAGCCUCCCACCUCACAACCGAACCUCAUGCAAAAAUUCACCGAAAUGACCGCACCAGGAGGCGACAUACUCAGCAAGGGCAAGGAGCUAAUCUUCAUGAAAUUCGGCCUCGGCGGCAAAUAA